AUGCUGCGGAGCCCGACGGCCGCCUGGCGGGACCUCCACGCCCCCCCCACCCGGGAGGCGCCGCCGCCGCCGCCCAAGAGCCGCUUCGACAUCGAGUCGCUGCUGGCCAAGCCGGAGCCCGCCCGGCCCCGCAGCCCCCCGCCGCCCGCCGCCUGGCCGGCCCCGCGCCUGGCCUGCGCCCUCGGCCUGCUGCCCCUGCCCGCCCUCUACCUGGCCCGCCCGCCCGCCGCCACCCCCACAGGUGAGCCGCCCCGCCCCGCCUGCCCCUCGCGCCCCGACGGCCUGGAGCUCUCUACAUGUGCAGCAGCCCACGCCCUAAGCACUCCCCUUCCGUGGAGAUCUGGGGGUCUCUGCAAGAUGAAGAGGGUCCGCACAGUCUUUACUCCGGAGCAGCUGGAGCGGCUGGAGAAGGAGUUCCUCAAGCAGCAGUAUAUGGUGGGCACGGAGCGUGUGGAUCUGGCUGCCACCCUGCACCUCACGGAGACGCAGGUGAAGGUGUGGUUCCAGAACAGAAGAAUAAAGUGGAGAAAGCAGAGCUUGGAGCAGAAGGCCGCGAAGCUGUCGCAGUUUGGGGCGUCGCAGCCGACUUCCACUGAGCGGCCUGAGGAACAGGACAGUGAAGGAGACCCCGUGGAAGUUGACGUCUAG